AAGAGCACGCCGAUCGAGCUCACCGUGGAGCAGCUUGGGCGCAUCGCCGGCCUCCCCUUCCAAGGCGACGAUGUGUCUCACUAUGGUGGAGAGGAUUGGGUGCUCAACAACGAGGGCCUUAUCCUCAACGAGCUUGGCAUCACCGAGCUCAAACGCCAUGCCUCGGGCCGCCCAACCAUCCACUCCGCCAACCCCGAAGUCCGCCUCGUCCUCUACAUCGUCUCCCGGAUCAUCAAACCGAGGAAGCACGGCCACACCAUCAUGCACGGUGAAGACCUCAAGCUCAUCCAUGCGAUCAUGCAUUCGGCCCCAAUCAAUUGGGCAAAGUUUGUCAUGACCAACAUGACGAUCGCCGCGUCCACCGACCACGAUCACCUCCUCCCGUACCCGUUUUUGGUGAUGGACAUCCUUGAACGGUUCAAGGUAACCACCACCGUUGGCCCGCUCACGAAGGCCACGAUCACCUUCCUCAAGCGGUCGGACAACGCCGCGCCUGCCACUGCCGCGCCACGCCGCACUGCCUCUGCCGCUGGCCAAGCCGAACCCCAGGCCCGGGCCAACCUCGCCUCCAUCGCCGACUCCCUCAACCGGCUCCACCUCAAGAUUGACGGGAUGGGGAGCUAUCAUGACCGGCUCGACGUGGCUGUUCAACGCCAAGGAUACGCGAUGAACUCAUACUUCCAAGGCAUCAACUACGUCCCCCCACCGUACCACGGCACGUUCCUUGGGCAAGUGUACGGUGACGAAGACGAAGCCGACGACUCCUACGCCCCGUCAAGCUCCCCGGAUGAAGACGAGUUCGACGAUGCCAUUGAUGGUGAUGAGAUGGACAUCGACGACGACGAGGAGGAAACCGAAGACGAAGACUAGGACUCCCCUAGAAUUUCUAUCUCUUUUACUUUAAUUAUCCUUUUUUUAAUGCUUCCGUUGUAAUCCGCUAUUUCCCUUUAUUAAAUAAAAUCAUUUCGUUUAUCUUUUUGUUAAUGUCAAAAGGGGGAAGAAAAGGGCUAUGCAUAU